AUGCAUCAUACAUUAGAUAAUUACCAAUCUAAUUAUGAUGAAAAAGAAGGAAUAGGUCCACUAGCAAAGAAAAUAAAAACAAGAUAUAUAAAUUCUAAUGCUAAUGAAAGUUUAUUAUCAAAUCCCAAACAAUCAUCAAAUACAUUCGUAGUUGAUGUCGACACAUUUGCUCAAAAUGAUAAUACGAAAUUCACAAUUGUAUCAAAAACUCAAUCAUCUUCAUUAUCAUCCACGAUUCCUAAUCGAAAACGACGAUAUCGAAAUAUACAAGAUAUAUGUGUCGUUAAUACUUCCAUACCUUGCUCAACAACAAAUCUCAAUGGUCAUAUGCGAAAGAAAUCUGAUUUGUCUUGCGUUGUUUGUUGUGCUGUUGCACAUGGUUAUAAUUUUGAUGCAAUCUCAUGUGAAUCAUGUAAAGCAUUUUUUCGACGCAAUGCACUUUCGAAUACGGAUCGAUUAAAAUGUCGUCGUGAACAAGCGUGUGAAAUAACACUUGAAACGCGACGUCGAUGUAAAUCAUGUAGAUUAAAAAAAUGUUUUGCUGUUGGUAUGAGAAAAGAAUGGAUUUUAACUGAAGAAGAAAAAGUUAAUAAAAAACGUCGUAUUGAAGAAAAUAGAAAAUUACGUGUACCAAAUAUACAUGAUAUACGAUCAUCAAAAGAUUCGUUAGAAAAAAAUGAUUUAGAUUUACAAAAUGUUUUAUUUAAUAAAAAUGAAAAAUCUUCAUUAAAACAUCAAUCUACAUCACAUACUAAAAGUAGUGAUAUUAUAACUAAUGUUGUUCUGGCAUAUAAUGAUAGUAUUAAAUUAGAUGUUCCUAGUUAUGGUUGGUCAUAUCCAUUAGCUCGAAAAAUUACUGCUUUAUGUCAGAUAAUUCAUGCAAGAAAUACAACAGCACUUCGUCUUAUUAAUUUUUAUAAAAGUUUACAUUGUUUUGAUAUUCUAAACGAAACAGAUAAGAUGAAUCUUAUUAAAAAUAAUCUACAAUAUAUUUUCUUUUUUCAUUCAUCUCUUAAAUAUGAUCCAGUUCAUGAUGCUUAUCAUGAAGAAAAUACGAAUGAUAAACCAUUAUAUGGUGUUGAUAUUCGUGAAGCAUAUGGUAAUGAUAAUUAUAAACGAUUGGUAAAAGUUAUGUGUGCUCUGAAUUCAAUAGUCCAAAUUGACAAACGUCUUAUGCAAGUUGCACUUGUUAUUUUUCUAUUUUCUAAAGGCUUGUCAACUACAACUGAUUCAAAUGAAUUAUCCAUAGAUAAUUAUAAACAUAUUUAUCAUCUACAAAAUACAUAUACAGAACAUUUAUGGGUAUUUAUAGAAAAACUUUAUGGACAUGUUCAAGCAACUCUUAUAUUUUCAACAUUAAUUAGUAAUUGUUUACUUAUUCAAGGACUACUUCGAGAUAUUCAACACGAUGUAUAUGAAAAACUUGAUCCAUCUGAAGUACCACCUAUUCUACGAAGUAUUUUUCAAUCAGCAUAA